AUGACUUGGGGAAAGAGUGUUGUAUUCAUAUCCGGAGCUUCUCGUGGAAUCGGGAAAGAGAUCUUCAACUCCAUGCUGGAAAAAGUUUCAGAACAGUCAGUUUUCCUCGUACUAGCACGAAACGAAGCUCUCCUAACCGAGUUGAAGAGUCAAGGAGAAGCCAAGAAUAUGAUCGUCGAGAAAUUCGUAACCGAUUUGGGCCAUUUACAGCAAAAAACUUUGGAUGAUCUAGCAACUACUAUUUCGAAGCUUGAAGGAGAUUACGACAACCUCUUCGUUUUCCAUAACGCUGGUUCUGUUGGUGAUACAUCAGUGCCUUGCAGCAAAAUCUUGGAUCAAGAAAAUUGGCAAGUCUAUCUGAACAGCAAUCUCAUCUCUAUGAUUCUGCUAAACAACAAAAUUUUAGCAGAAGCAUCCUCUAAGAAGUUCAAAAACCGUUAUGUCAUCAACAUUACUUCUCUUAUAGCUAUUCAAGCUUUCCCGUCUUUGGGACAGUAUGGAGUUGGCAAAGCUGCCAGAGAAGGUUUCUUCCGAUCUCUUGCUGUCGAAGAGUCAGAUCUUCGAAUUCUGAGUUAUUCUCCUGGGCCCGUUGAUACUGACAUGCAUACUGAUAUUCAUGAUACAACUUAUGAUGCUGGUAUCAAAGCAGCCUUCGAUAGAAAAGCGCCAUCUACUGAUGUAAAUAGACAAACUCUGACCACUAGUCAAACAGUCGGAAAACUCAUGGAAAUACUUACGGCGAACGAGUUCACUUCAGGAUCACGCAUUGAUUAUUUCGAUUAG